AUGCAAUCGACAGACCAGUUGGAUGGAUGCUCUUACCAAGCGGAUCAACCACACGAACUGCCACAACCCCCGUCCAGCAGCGCAGGUUCCCAAAGGGACCCAAGCCACAACCCACCACGAUGCGUGCCAGACGGGGGGUCUCUCUCCAAACCGGGUGCACCGAAAACACAAAUGCAGAUUCCCAUACGGGACCCAAAGCCACAACCCACCACCUACGAUGUGAUUCGGAAACACGACACCCCAAAUCCCCCGAAAAAACCAAUCCCGGAGACCAAACUCCCACCACCAAUUGCAGUAUCACAUGUCCCAAAAAGGGGACCCCAAGCCGCACCCACCUGCGAGCACUGCAAAAAACGAAACCCCGUCACGGUAAUGCAAACUUUGGCCUCGAUUCAGAAACACUGCUCAAGAACCACGAACCCGUUGCCGUAG